AUGCCAUUUCUCCAGUUAAACCACUUACGUAAAAGAAGUCGCUAACCCUUUUGCUGAAAUCACCUCAGUGAACAGUGCAAAACGUGGAGAUGAACUACUGCUAGCUGCAUGCAAAAAAACAACGUUCUGGACAUAGUGUAGAUGUCUGUAAACAGCGGGGGUGUCUACUGAUUCCAUUCAUCUGUGAAUUUCUUGUCUUCUUAACGUUUCAGAGCGAUGGUUCUGUGAAUGUGCACAUUGAUAUGAACCAAACAGUGCAGAGUGAGCCGAGGCUGAGGCUCGUACUUGCGGAGAACUUGCUGAGGGAUCUCAGUAAUGUCAUCCAAAGAAUAGAGGCACGACCAGCAAACUCAUCCACUCAACCUGCGACACCUUCCAAUGCUACUGCGCCUGCCUGCGCUGCACCUCCGCCUCCCUCAUCUUCUUCUACAACCUCCACUCCUUCUCCCUCCUCCCAGCCCAUGGAUACAUCUCCCCCUUCAACAAGUCCACCACCUCCACAAGCCAACACAGCGCAGUCUGAUGGACCACGUCCUGGGCCUAAGUGAGACACCCUUUUGUGUGAAUUUACAC